CUGAGCUGGGGGUGGCGAGUAGCGGCGGGCGGAGGUUUGGCUCUGGGUUCCGCUGCCCCUCUGCGGGAUCGCUCAGGUUGGCCGGGACUGGGCGCUGGGAGUCCGGACGGCCAAGGCUGUGUGCAGCCUCACUCCCUGCGCCGAGGCUCCGGACGCGGAGGCGGCGGCGGCCCAGGCAGACAAUGAACUUGGAGCGCGCCGAGCUCUGGCAGGUUUGGGCCCGCACCCCUCGGUCAGGCCUCCUCGCUCCAGGCACGGUCCCCUGUAGGAGGCGUCCUUUUCGCUGCGCGGUCCUGGCCGUGCUCUAGGUGCCCAGCACGCCUGGGGACCCUGCGGGAAGGACUAUCGGUGGCGGCGCAGGGGCUCACACGCCCCCUCCCUAUACAGUGCGAAUGUGGUCCGAGCUCCAAGACAGAAGACCGGGUGCUGGUGUGGUGGCGCUGUGGACAGCUGGAGGCCGGCGGAGGACGCACGCCGCGGGGCACGCACCGGCUAGCUGUCCCGCAGAACCGCCCCAAGGAGUCAGAAUUCGCGCGACCCUGGGUCGGCCAGGAACUGAGGGGGAAGGACGACUGAAUAUAAGGCCAGUGGACAGACAGAUCGGCGAUUUUCUGGAGCGAGCUCUCCACGGGCAGAGCUGGAGACCGGGAUUCCCCUAGUCGUGCUCACUGCCCCUCCCCCGCACACUUUAGGGGAAGUUUCCAGGCGUAGCCUGGGGCAGGUCACCUAGCAUUAAUACGAAUCUGUUUCUCAAGAAAAGAAAAUAUUCUGAAGGCAUGUCAGUUUACCUGUCAACGAGGAACCCAUAAUGUCUUCUCAUCUCCAGUGUGGCUCCGUGCUCUCUACUGAUGCCACUCCAACUUUCUUUGGUGCCAUGGGAAAAACCUGAAGCACAAGCAGAGUUACUUCCAAAUCUGUGGUCACUUCAUUGUUGCAUGGCUGGUGCAUAACAGACUAUUGGAACCUGCUCUUCUGUGUUGCCCUUCGUAUCCGAACCAAAGAACGUGCCUCGUCCUCUAGGGCAUUGGUGUUUGCUCUCUUCCUUGUUCAUUUCUGUUGCUUGUGCCUUCCUACCGCCUUCUGUCGUCACAGGACACCCUUAAAGUUUCUCAGUGGACUCCUCGAGGGCUGGCCCAUGGCUCUCUAAGCUGUCCAAGGACUCUACCAUGAGGCACUGCAUUAACUGCUGCAUCCAGCUGUUCCCCGAAGUCACACACAAACAGCAAGUUGCCUGCCAGGGGGGCCCCCAUCACAGCCAUCAGGCGUGCCCCACUUGCAAAGGAGAAAACAAAAUUCUGUUUCGUGUGGACAGUAAGCAGAUGAACUUGCUCGCUGUUCUCGAAGUGAGGACUGAGGGCAAUGAAAACUGGGGUGGUUUUUUGCGCUUCAGGAAGGGGAAGCGAUGUAGCCUGGUCUUUGGAUUGAUAAUAAUGACCCUGGUGAUGGCUUCUUACAUCCUUUCCGGGGCUCAUCAGGAACUUCUGAUUUCCUCCCCUUUCCAUUAUGGGGGCCUUCCCAGCAACCCCAGCGUGAUGGACAGUGAGAAUCCCAGUGAUGUGAAAGAGCAUCACUACCAGCCUUCUGUAAAUAACAUCUCCUAUGUAAAGGACUAUCCAAGCAUUAAACUGAUUAUCGACAGCAUCGCUGCCAGGAUUGAGUUCACAACCAGGCAGCUCCCGGACUUACAAGAUCUCAAGAGACAAGAGUUGCAUAUGUUUUCUGUAAUCCCCAGUAAAUUCCUUCCGACUAGCAAGAGCCCUUGUUGGUAUGAGGAGUUCUCGGGCAGGAACACCACUGACCCCUACCUGACCAAUUCCUACGUGCUCUAUUCCAAGCGGUUCCGCUCUACCUUUGACGCUCUGCGCAAGGCUUUCUGGGGCCACCUGUCCCAUGUGCGUGGCAAGCACUUCCGCCUGCGCUGCCUGCCCCACUUCUACAUCAUUGGGCAGCCCAAGUGCGGAACCACUGACCUCUAUGACCGCCUCCGGCUGCAUCCAGAAGUGAAAUUCUCAGCCAUCAAGGAGCCCCACUGGUGGACCCGGAAGCGCUUUGGAAUUGUCCGCCUGAGGGACGGACUACGAGACCGCUACCCUGUGGAAGAUUACCUGGACCUCUUUGACUUGGCUGCACACCAGAUCCAUCAAGGACUGCAGGCUGCUUCUGCAGAGCAGCCCAGCAAGAUGAAUAAGAUCAUUAUUGGAGAGGCCAGCGCCUCUACAAUGUGGGAUAACAAUGCCUGGACCUUCUUCUAUGACAACAGCACAGACGGUGAGCCACCGUUCCUGACCCAAGACUUCAUCCAUGCCUUUCAGCCGGAAGCCAAGCUCAUUGUUAUGCUCAGGGAUCCUGUGGAGAGGUUGUACUCAGACUAUCUCUACUUCGCAAGUUCCAAUAAAUCUGCAGAUGACUUCCACGAGAAAGUGACGGAGGCUCUGCAGCUGUUUGAAAAUUGCAUGCUGGAUUAUUCACUGCGCGCCUGCGUCUACAACAACACCCUGAACAAUGCCAUGCCCGUGAGGCUCCAGGUUGGCCUGUAUGCUGUGUACCUUCUGGACUGGCUCACUGUCUUCAGUAAGGAGCAGUUCCUCAUUCUACGUCUGGAAGACCACGCAUCCAAUGUCAAGUAUACCAUGCACAAGGUCUUCCAGUUUCUAAACCUCGGGCCUCUAAGUGAGAAGCAGGAAGCUUUGAUGACCAAGAGCCCUGCAUCCAAUGCACGGCGUCCUGAGGAUCGUAGUCUGGGACCCAUGUGGCCAAUCACCCAGAAGAUCCUGCGUGAAUUCUAUGGACCUUUCAACACAAGGCUGGCACAGGUCUUGGAUGAUGAAGCAUUUGCCUGGAAGACAACAUGAGAGCUGAGUCCCUUCUGCAGAUUCUGGGCCCACUGACUCUGUCAUUGCCACGACUCUAAAAGUCUCCAAGCAGAGAACUGUCUGUCACCCGCAGGGUGGAGAAAACCGCUGGAGCCCCACCCAAUCUCCUCCUCCCAAGGCACCUGUUGUGGGAACUAUUUUAAAAAUUUCCUUGCCGUGUUCAGCAGUUCUGCUCUUGAUUGCAAGAGCAGAACUUGCAAUCAAGAGCAUCCACCCGAAGCCUUGGGAAUGACACUGGGGGUACAGGCUUCUGUCUGUUCCCAGAGUGCCUCGGUUCUCAGGAGGGCAGUGGUUCUCUGGCACCCAGUGGGUAGGAAGAGGAGGCUACGGGAGGCCACAGACCAGCCUUGCCUUCCUUCCUCCAGGAGAGUUUGUCUGGGUGCAGGGAUGGACAGCUCUGGGAUCCGAUUAAGGCCAUGCUCUGGGGCUGCCCCUCACGUGUUAUAUCCCAGCAGGCCUUGCACAGUUCGAUAACCCCACGUGGGCAGAGAACGGAGCUGCUUGGAGAAUGGAGGCUCUUUCGUUUUUUUUUUUUUUCGUAUUCUCAAGUCAGCCCUUCAGUGACAUCAGAAAUGAGCCCUGCUCCCUUUGCUGUGCUCAGAAGAAAUGCAGAAGUCAGCUUUCAGCAACAGGCUCAUCUCUCUGACCUAGGCUGUCCAUAGUCUUUGUUUAUGCCCAGCAUAGAGAAAAGAGAGUUUUAAAACAAACUGCUUCUUGCAUUUGACUGGCCCUGCCUCUCUUUUCUGUUCCUUCGGAUGUUUUCCUUAAGGAAUUCAGUUUAUAUUUGGAAAGGGAAGUUUUGCUGUUAAUGCCAGAACAGAACAGCCUCAAGGCAUCGAACAGUGGACAAGGAAGGAUGUGAAGCCCUCCCCAUUUGUGGAGGGUCACGGGAGAGUGGGAGGAUGUUUCUGGCUGGUUACAGGCUCCCCACUGUCUUCUUUGGAGGAAUCUUUAUCCACAUUCUCUGUCAUGUACAGCCAAAGUUCUGUAACUCACUAAGGGUGAGUCUCAAGACACCCCUGUCCUCAGAAACACAUCUCACAAACUAAGCUCGGGCCACUCGUGGUGUGACUAGGAGAUAGCUUUGAUUUUUAUGGACCUUUCCAGGCCUGCUAGCAGCUUGGUUUGCAAAGGAUAUGCUGAAAGUCUUGUCAUUAAAAACAAAACAAAACAAAACAAAACAAAACAAAACAAAACAAAAAGGCCCCAGGGAAUACCAGAGAGAACAGCUUAAGCCCAUUUGGCACACAGGACAAGGUGGGGAUAUCACAAAGCUUUUCACUGGAGCGUUGCCAAGGGAUGCUGUCCGUGAAGCUGUGUUCUCAGGUCAGGAUCCUGUCCACCAGCGUCAGAAAGUGUACAUACUACAUGCCCGACGGUCACUUGAACGUGUGAGAAAAGCUGGGCUUUGGCAGCAGGAGGCUGUGCAGUUGCUCAGCUGUGUGAGUCCUGCUGCAGUCCACCCUUGUUGGAGAUGGGACUCUCAGCCCAUUGGAAGGUUCGGGGAGAGCUCUGGGCAUCAGCAUGGACUGGGUUCGUUCUGCUACUGAAGGGGCCGUGUGUCUUGUGGCCUGUAUUCCAGGACAAUUCCCCCUUCUCUCACGGUGGCCACUUGGCUCAGCAGCCAGUGGGAAAAUCUGGCCUGAGUACAAGGAUGCUUUGGGAAGAAAUGAUGAGAGAGAGAGAGAGAGAGAGAGAGAGAGAGAGAGAGAGAGAGAGAGAGAGAG